AUGAAACGUACCUACGAGAAUGCGAUCAGGCUCCUGGAGUCGAGGAAACGACCGGCACGACCCAAGACCCCAGCUUCCAGAGCCCCGAUGGAUCAGGAGGCGCCCACGAAUAAUCAAGCUUCGGUGAAGGGGAUACCAAGCCUGUUGGGGAUGUCGGAGUGGCUCGGAGCUUUAGGACACACUGACACCGAGAUCGCCAGAUUGAAUCUCAUUCAUGUGAGUGGGACAAAGGGGAAAGGCAGCACAUGCGCAUUUACUCGGGGAUUUCUCUCUGCCCAUGGCCGUCGAACCGGAUUCCCGCGGCGAGUUGGCCUUUAUACCGGCCCGCAUUUGAUUUCGACGAGGGAACGAAUACAGGUCGACGGCGGACCCAUCACGCGAGAGUCCUUUGCGCAAUACUUCUUUGAGGUGUGGGAUUGCCUGAUGGCCCCAAAUCUGGAGCUUGACACAGGAGGAAGCACAGUCAUUGCUGGCAUGAAACCCCGGUACCUGCAGUUCAUGGCUCUCUUGGCCUUCCACACUUUCAUCCGCGAGCGAGUAGACGCGGCUAUAAUCGAAGUGAAUCACGGUGGAGAAUUUGAUUCAACCAACGUGAUACAAAGCCCUGUUGUCACUGGCAUCUCUUCCCUUGGCUUGGACCAUGUUGCCCAACUUGGAUCGACACUUGAAUCUAUCGCUUGGCAUAAAUCUGGAAUAUUCAAAUUUGGCGCACCGGCGUUUGCUGUAAUUCAGGAACCAGGCCCUGCAGACGUUAUGAGUCGUCGCGCGUUUGACAGGGGCACGACCGUAACAUUCAUAUCGGCCAACGCCAGUCUUCCGCGCGAUGCUGGUGUACUUGAUGUCUCUGUCCAGCGACUGAAUUGUUCUUUAGCCCUUGAGCUUGCAAAGGCCUUUGUGUCUGCCAAAUCUCCUGGUUCCGUACUUAGUGACGAGGAUGUUCAAACGGGCAUCAGGGAUUUUUCGUUGUUGGGGAGAUUUCAGGUAAUAAGUAAUGGGGGUUUGCAAUGGUUUGUCGAUGGAGCGCACAACACCUUAAGCCUGGAAGAGGCUGCGAAGUGGUUCGUCAAGGCUACAAUCCCAGGCCAGAAUAACCGUUGCUGUCGAGCGGUGGUUUUCAGUCAUCACUCGCAAGGUCGAGAUGGACUCGAGCUGGUGCAAUGCUUGGCACAAGUUCUUCGCAGCCAUAAAUUCAGCCCGGAACGUGUUAUAUUCACGACGUAUAAACACACGGAUCCUGCAGGUAUUGAUCCAGCGGCGCCAGAAGAGAUGGACUCGGAGCUCAAGGGUCUUCUCGCGGCAUAUGCGUCGGCCUGGAAAGAGGUGGAUCCGCACACUGUUGUCACAAUUGAACCAUCCAUUGAGACUGCCAUCAACACGGUACGGCGACUCGGGAACUAUGACGGUGGAAUGCAGACUUUGAUCACUGGAAGCUUGCAUCUCGUUGGGGAAGCACUCGCUGUUUUGGAUCCGUCGCUGCGGGAAUGCAAAUGCAAAUAA